UCUUCGAAAUUGAAUCAGUGGACUGGAGACGCGUCAAAUCCCCGUCAGCUCUCCGCGGCUGUGAUUGAAAAGUGCUGCUUUCACGCUAACUGCUCUUCUCUGCUCUCAGUGUGUGCGGUUAGGAGUACACUUUCCAGAUGUACUCAAGUUGGAGUUACAUGUGAAGACUUGGAGAAGUGAAGAUAUGCCAGCGCACGGAAACGCCUGGGGCUUGUGGGAAUACGUGUGACUUGUAGAGGGAGAAGAUCUGACACUGUCCUGGUGCUCUGGCUUCUUUUUGUUUGCUGAACACACAGAAAUGAACCCAGCACUGAGCAUGAUUUCCUUCCACUAAGUGCUGAAACAACCUGGACGGAUAUUCCUGAGGUUUUGAGCUCUCCUGCCGGAGACCUGAAAGUUUCUGAAGGACUUUUUGUGCAGUUUUGAGUCAGGACAUUUGCCUCACUCUUACUAAAUCUCAUGAGAGAGUGAAUAUUUUUUUGGAGCUGGAUGCAGAUAUGAGUUUCCUCCGGUACUCAGGACCUUCACACAUACUCACUUUAUUAAUUCUGCACAUGCAUGUGCUCUCCAGUGCAUUGGCAAAACGACACAUUGUGUACUGGAACUCCACCAACACCAGGUUAACAAGUGAUGACUACUCAGUCCAGGUAAAUCUGAACGAUUAUCUGGACAUCCUGUGCCCUCACUACCCAUCCGGCUCUCCUGAGCAUGGCCCUCCCGAGACUCUGGCGCUCUAUCUGGUAGCCGAGCACCAUUUUCAGGGCUGCCAUGAGACCAAAGGGGCCAUAAAGAGGUGGGAGUGCAACUCUCCAUAUGCGCCCUUCGGCCCUGUCCGAUUCUCAGAGAAGAUCCAGCGCUUCACACCCUUCUCUCUGGGCUUCGAGUUCCUCCCAGGACGCCACUAUUACUACAGCUCCCUGUCUGUGGAUGAUGGACCCCCCCUUCCAUGCAUGAAGCUCAAAGUCACUGUGUGCUGCGAGUCCACAGUUGGAAAAAAGGAACAAGGAACUCCAGCUCCCCGCAGUUUUGCCCAACCUGGAAGAUCUAGUCUACUGCCUCUCCUUGCUCUCAUCUCAUCUUCUCUCUUAUAUUUUUUACGAUAAUUGGAAGAUUCAACCCAGCCCCAGCUAAUAGCAAAGACUUGCCAACAGGUCAUGUGGGAUCAUUCUCUAUCUGUAGUUAAGCACACAUGCAAAAACACACACACACACACACACACACACACACACUCAGCUCACUCGUCUUACUGUCAUGUAUUUGGAUUGGCACUAAUCUCUCUCCCUCCAUUUCCUCUCUCUCUGUCCACUCUGCGCCGCUUCAUUCUACAAGCGACUGGCACUAAUCUACCUUCAAAGAGCUCUUUCUGCUGCUCUUCUUUUGCGUAAUCCUUUCUUCAUUAAAAAAAAAACACAGCUUCCUUCCCCCUUUCCCUCCAUCCACCACUUUUCUCUUACUGUACACUACUACUGAACUGAGCCAAAGGGGAGAAGACGAGGAGAGCAGUGGACGUCCCUGUAGCACCUGCGCUGCUAAGAAAAAGUGCAGGGACACAGCGCAAGCAAUAAAGCUCUCUACUCAUUCAUCAGUUCUCAGGAUCACACGAGAAGACUUUAUUUUGCUCACUUUCCACCACGGAUGAACUGGAGCCAAAGCGAGACACCAUACACUCAAAAUGAAACAUUUAACACAAGACAAACCUGUAUCUGAGGAGUAGCAGAGACAAACGUGUCAUGUUCGUUUAGAACACACCUGAGAGGAGGAAAAGCUGCAUCAAAGCUUCAACAAACUAAACACUCACUGGACCAACAGGAAGAGGAUUUACUGCUUCCUGUUCAGGCUCAGCCGGAAAUGACCAUGGACCGCGGCUCGCUGUUCUCAUGUCAGCAACGGUGAAUGCGAUUGGGCAGUUUCAUUCACACAGCCAGUAACGCCUGAAAAUGAUUGGUCAGUUCUCCUCACCACGUCUCUCACUUAAGAAGAUGAUUGGACAGUUUACUGAGCACGUAAUCACAUUCACAUUCUUUCAUUUAUUGUUGUUUUUUUCCAGUUGAUUUUAUUUUUGUUUCCCUUUUUUUAAUGUUCUAUCUACAUUCAUAGAAUUCUAUAUGUAUGUACUGGCACCCAAUUUAAUUAUUAUACAGGUAUCAAAUUCAGUUUGUUUUUUAGAACAAGAGAAUAUGUUGAAUAUUUCAACAUAUUCUUUAUUUUGAUUAUUCAUUACAAAGUGAAUUAAGAACAUGCUGUAUGCUCAUAUUUUACAGAAAUAAUACAUAUUGGAAGACCUGCAGUGAAUUUUUUUUAAAUGCAUUUUUUUGUAAUGGAAAUUUUAUUUUAUUGAAAAGUAACAUAUCCUAUUUAAAUUCACUGAAAAAAAAUGUUUCUGUUUAAAAAUUAUAUCUCUUAUGAUAUUGUGCAAACCAAAUUUGUGUUUGGUUAUUCUUUUUUCUCUUUGUAUGAAAUGCUGGUAAAUUUCAGUUUUUAUACUGAAUCAAGUUAUUGAAUCAAAGGGUGCCAGUGCAAAAAAAAAAAAAACUGUUCCAAAAAAUUCCAAAUGAAAAGUGGAAAACAGUUUACACAGAAAA